AUGUCCACUCCAACUCUUUACUAUUUUGAUGGCCGUGCUCGUGGUGAGGUCUCCAGACUGUUGUUCGCCUAUGCUGGCAAGAAGUUCGUUGAUACUCGUGGCGCAUUCCCUUUGGAGGAGGAGCUGAGAGCCAAGACACCAUUCGGUCAGCUGCCAUACUAUGUUGAUGACAACAUCCAGAUUGCUCAGUCUGUUGCCAUCGAGUUCUACCUUGCCGACCAGCUCCAGCUUGCUGGCUCAUCCACUAUUGAGCGUGCCCAGAUUCUCCAAUACACAUUGUUGCCAGCCGAUCUCUAUGCACCAUACUUCCCAGCAUACCUCACCAACAACGAGGCCGCUUUAAAGCUGUUCACAAGCGAGACCGCGCCAAAGGUGUUUGCCAAGUUGGAGACCCUGUUGGUCAAGGCUGGCGGUGCAUACCUUGUUGGAAACAAGUUGUCCUGGGCUGACAUCAGCAUCUUCAACCUCUUGGACUUCUUCCACCAGCAGCCAGGCAACCUUAUCGAAGUGCUCAAGCCAUUCCCAGCCCUCUUGGCCUUCCACAAGCAGAUUGCUGCCGUCCCACAGUUCGCUGAGUACUUGAAGAACAGACCAACCACAAUCUUCUAA